AUGAGCUCUAAACUCUACGAGACGCCGGAAUUGGUGGGCGACGAAGGGCUGCCACUUGUGAGUGAAAGCCCGUUGCCAAAGGAGCCUCAAACGCAUACGUUUGUCGCAGAGCAGCAAAACAGAAUCAACGAGGAGAACGAAGAAAGCGCCAAUGGUGGGAACGACGGGGGUGACGCUGGCGACGACGAGCUUGUCAUGGAGACUCUUCUCAACCAAUUUGAGCAUCUGCAGAAUUCCGCGAAGGCGUAUAUUCGUGUCAGUCAAUCUGCAUUCUCUCGACUUCAAUUGAAACGUCAGCGGAUGGAGCAACACGAACGAUCUUUGCGUCAUCGUGCCGAAAUGGUUGCCACUUCUUCUUUUUCACCGAAGUUUAAGCUGAAUAUUGGGGGCAUGCGUUUUCAUGUGCAGCGGGCCACUCUUCUUCAGUUCUCGAUGACAAUCUUUCAUUUACUGGAGGAUGAGCGCUUCAACGCGCAGAAGGAUGAGUUUGGACACAUCUUCUUUGACCGUGAUCCGUGGCUAUUCCGUGAGCUUCUCUUCCUGCUGCGUGAGCGGCAGCAACGAAUCAUAGAAGCGGGACAAUUUGGCUCAGGCCCUUUACCGGGCGGUACGGAAUAUAACAGGCUUGCGCAACUUCCCCUGACUGAAUGGAGGCGACUGAUGGAUGAGGCAAAGUACUACGGUCUGAACGAGUUUGUUAACGAAGUUGUUACAACGCGAUUUCAGUGGCAACAGUGUGAAAUCGCCCCGGCAGAUUUUGGUGAGUAUGCGCGAGGAGCCCUUUCUCACGAGAGUAAUUCAUUUGUUCCUCUUGAAGGCCGUUGCUUUUCCACAUGUCUGUUGGCAAAUGACGAUGUCUUUCUAUUUGGGGGGUGUGCGGAGAACGAAGCGGUUCUUGACUCUUUAUAUCGUCUUUGGCUGGAGAGUGACGGUGUGGACGAGGAGUGCAGUGAAGGAAUCGUGGGGGACGGUGAAAAUGCACGCCCGGUGAGAAUGCAGCGUCUCAGAUAUGAUUUGGUUCAACCCUUCUGUGCUGGAGACGACGGUCGAGGAUGUCCUGCUCCCCGUUCGGGUCACGCGAUGAUCGUUUUACAUAAUCGGUAUGUGCUGCUUUUCUACGGCAACGACCUGCACAGUCACCUGAAUGACGUGUGGCUCUAUCAUAUCACAAGAAACACAUGGAUACGGGUGAAGGUACGUGGUACGCCCGUGGAACCGCGCUCUGGUCACACCGUAACGGUAGUGGGUAAUCGAUUUUACCUUAUUGGCGGCAAGAAACUCUUUGGAGUGAGCCGACGGAUUUUUUCCGAGGUUUUUGAGGGAGUUUUUGACAUUAAUCGAGUGGAGUUAACUUGGUCAUCUGCGGCAUGGCCACAGCAGUCUGAAUCGCUAAGGCGUCAACAGGAGGAAGAAAUGUCAUCGCUUCCGUAUGAAGGGGCAGCGGUAUCUGCCGCGGCAACGGCGGUGAGUAGAGAAGACGAAGAAGAAGAAGAAUGGUUGUGUAGCGUCCCGCCCAUUGCGUACCACACUGCUGUGGAAUACAAGGGACGUUACAUCAUGGUUUACGGAGGGAUGUGUGCAUCCGCUGGCACAAACGUUGAAGGAGACGGGGCUGGUGAGGGUCGUUGGAGCAGUAUUGCUGCUGCCUCAUCUUUAAGGAGGGAUGUGUCACCAAAACUGUAUCAGUUUGACACGGUCGAAUACAAAUGGCGUUCCCUGCAAACGUCAGCCGGAACACAAAACCUGAUGUUAUCGGAUAUUCCCCAAUCCGGACACAUUGCCUUGCGGCACCAGGAUGAGAUGUACGUUAUGGGAUCAUACAAGGAGCAACGUCAGUUUGCUAUUUUUCAGUUGUCAUUAAGAACUCUCAUGUGGAGACAAGUACAAACAACCGUUGCACCUAUGCAUUCAAUUCCACGUGGACGUGCAAUGCCUAGUGGAGUCCUGCUGCCGGCGUCACAAAACAAUCCGAAUGCUAUGAUCUUGCUAUAUGGGGGAUACAACGUUACGACCAGGCAAUACCUCGAUGAUGCCUAUCUUCUGGCGCUGUGA